AUGGGGUUUGACACAACAGGCUUCACAUGCUGUACCAUGGGAGGGUUUCACAGGCUUAUGGAGUCAAAUGGACCAUUCAUCUACAACCAAGACGCCAGUGUCACCAAAACCUUCAGAAAUAUCCCAGGCAUCACUCUGCAGAACGUGAACAAACUGAACCUCCUGAGGCUUGCCCCUGGUGGUCACGUUGGACGCUUCUGCAUCUGGACUGAGAGUGCGUUCCGCAAGCUGGAUGAGCUGUACGGCACCUGGCGUAAACCUGCUUCCCUGAAGAUCGGCUACAACCUGCCCAUGCACAAGAUGACCAACACAGACCUGAGCAGGAUUCUGAAGAGUGAGGAGAUUCAGAAAGCACUUCGUACACCAACCAAGACCAUCAACCGCAGAGUACUGAAGAAUCCUCUGAAGAACUUGAGGAUAAUGCUUAAGAUGCUGAAGCCCAAGAAGCCUGGGAAGAAGGGAGCACCUGCCAAACCUAAGGCAUACAAUUAUACUUGCUAAGAGUUUAGAGAAAUAAAUCAUUUGUUUCAAAUAUGA